AUGCCUUCACCGCUUCGCCUUGGCCAAGUACUUCGCGGGAGACUCGAGUCGUACACCGUAUCCAAGCACAUUCAAGAAGACGUCGUGUGGCUUGCAAGAAAUCUCAAGAACGAAACUGUUGUAGUAAAGAGCGUCAGGGGCCAUCCACGCAUCAAGAACGAGCGGGAUGUCCUCCGGCGCUUCCAAAGUCGCAGCCCCUACAUACGCCCCCUGAUUGACGAGAUCCAAGACCCAGCAGAGCCAACCACCAUUGUGCUGAAGUAUCUUGAAUCGGACCUCUGGGACACGUCGGUCAGGAAAUCGCUAAACCGAAAAGAGAUCAAGUACGUCUCAAAACGAGUUCUUGACGCUUUGAGUGUUCUUCACGAGGAUAGAUAUGUCCACACAGAUAUCAAGUCCGCAAAUAUAUUUGUAAAUUACAAAAAGGACGAGAGCGAGAUUCGGUCCUCGGAAGUCCAGCUGGGUGAUUUCGGCGGCAGCUACCCAGACGAUAGCAAAUGGGCGAAAUCGGGCACGGCAAUAGGGGCUCCGAUAUGGAAUAGUCCAGAGGUCAUUAUGGUGACCCCGUGGAACACAGCGACGGACAUCUGCUUGAUCUACGGCGGCGACUUCCACAUCUUCCGUCCCAAGGACGUUCGCCACGGCGACGAAACUUACGGCCUCGAAGUGCUGAUGUUGCAGCGGGAGUACUUCGGCCCCUUUCCGCCCAAGGUCAGCGUGAUCUUCAAUGCCGAGACGCUUCAGUCGAUCGUGUAUCUUGAACACUUGGUACCGCCUAGCGAGCGGAGACCGUUUAGAUUGGUGGCUGAGCAGGAGGUGGGCAAGGAGGACAAGGAGUUCAUCUUGAAAAUCAUGCAGAUGGACUGGCGGGAUCAGCCGACGGCUAAGGAGCUGCUGAGGGACGAGUGGUUUCGGACGGAGUGA